AUGCAGGCGGGAUUCGAAUCGACGGCCGAGGAUGAAGAGGAUUUGGAUCUUGGAAUCGCGACCGUUAUUCCCCGCGGGCUCCCGUCGCGCAGGCAGGGAGUCCAGUCGGGUCGAAGACGAGCAGUGAGGUUCGAUCCCGCAUCAGGCGGACUGGAGAUGAGUGGAGGGGAGGCAUCCGGAGGUGAUAUUAACGAAGGUGAGAGAAAGGAAGGGUUUGCAGAUGGCGAAUCUGGCGCGGGAAGAGAGGGAGGAUGGAGACAGAAGGAACGGAGAGAGAAUGCUCCCCGUUCGCCUCCCCGUUUCGCUGCACGUUCCGCUGCUCAUUCCGCGGAGCGACGUAAAAAAGGGGAGGGAAGCAGAGGAGUGAAGGGCGGUGGGGGGUUGGAGGUGAUUGGGCAAGGCGGGAGGGAAUGGGGACAGCGAGGAGGGGGGUUGCGGCAGCAGGAGGGUGCAGUCAAGCGGCGCGGGAUUCAAGGGCCAGGGAGGCCCUCCGAGGAUACAGCAGGGGACUCAAGUGUCACCUUCCGGGAAGGUGCAGAGCAGGAGAGCGACGAGUCGGAGGAGGAGGAGAAGGAGGUGUUCAAGAUGGCACGGGUGGAGGCGGUGCGACUGCUCAGCUUCAAGCAGUGGUCGGAGGCGCAGCUGCGGCAGAAGCUGACAGCCAACCUGACCCAGCCAGAGCGGGCCCGGGGUUUGGCUAGGAGAGCAGGAGCAAGGCAGCCAUUUGGCAGCAUGCAACUGGAGCAGGCUGAUGCUGCCGUUGAUGCUGCCGUCAACUACAUGAAGCAGCUGUGA